GACGGUAUACGAAGCAUAUGGUGCAUUUUUCCCAUACCGCUAUCUUUGUGAUCUUACAACGUCUUUCAGGUGGUAUGAUGUAGAACUCACAAAAUGGUAUAAAAACGUCUCAUGAGCGCUGUUUCUGUUCUCCAUUCCUACCUUUCUCGCUACCUUUUCCAACUCCUGAUUUUCAUAACGGCUUUUUGUCCUCCUUUCAGACUAUUCAACUCACGCAAGAUGUCUCACCAUCAUGUCGUUGUGAAGAGUCUUCCUUUUACCAGUGCAUUGGGCAGGACCAAGCCUGUCUCGCACUUCAGACACAUUGUUGAACAUGAUCGUUCUCGGGCGCAGAAGUUCAUGGCUGGUUUGCACCCUCAUGGUCCCAACCCAUUCGUUGAAGCUCGCAAGAGGCGCCAUGGUCAUCAUCACCAUGCGACCGGUGGAUCUGGAGCAACUACUACUCCAAGUGGUAGCAGUAAUUCGGACUCCAUCGACGUAACGGAUUCUGCGGUGACCUAUCUGAUGGAUGUCACCAUUGGUGGGCAGGACUUCAGCUUAUUGAUUGACACCGGAAGUUCGAACACUUGGUGUGGUGCAAACACCAAGUUCAAACCUAACUCAAGUGUUGAAUCAACCCGCGAGUCAGUCAAUGUGUCCUAUGGCUCCGGUUCCUUCAGCGGGACAGAGUACACGGGCCCUGUUGUGCUCGGGGGCAGCUCUGGACUUUCCAUCCCUAAUCAAUCGUUUGGUGUCGCUUCGACAGCCCAAGGAUUCAGCGAUACAGACGGCAUUCUAGGAAUCGGACCAGUGGAUUUGACUCAAGGUACUGUUUCGGGAACCAGCGAAGUCCCCACCGUGACCGAUAAUUUGGCAAACAAUGGCACAAUUUCCACCGAGAGUAUUGGAAUCUCGUACAACCCAACCACUGGCGAGAAUAUCGCUAAUGGAGAGUUGACUUUCGGCGGGGUGGAUCAGUCCAAGACCACUAGUGAUGUUACUUAUGUCGAUAUCACGUCGACGUCUCCUGCCAGUAAUUAUUGGGGUAUUGACCAAACAAUUACUUACGGUUCAUCUGGAACCACUAUCCUCGACUCGACCGCUGGAAUCGUGGAUACCGGCACUACACUACUCCUGAUUGCUACUGAUGCCUUCCAGGCGUAUCAGAAGGCGACGAAGGCAACCCUUGACCAAAACACGGGUCUUUUAAAGCUCAGCUCUUCCGAGUUUUCCAACCUCCAGAGCCUGUUCUUCCAGAUCGGAGAUACUUCCUUCGAGUUCACUGCGAAUGCACAAAUCUGGCCAAGGUCGAUGAACAGCGUACUUGGAGGCGAUGAUGAUUCUAUUUAUCUCAUUGUGUCCGAUCUUGGCAACGACUCGGGUAGUGGCCUCGACUUCAUCAAUGGAUUUGGUUGGCUUCAAAGAUACUAUUCUGUGUUCGAUACAACUAACAACAGAGUGGGAAUCGCAACGACCCCCAACACCGAUGCUGAGACCAACUGACUAUUGACGACGAAGAAGAGCCUGUUGUGAAGAGCCUGACUCAGUUGACAGUGAGCGAGUGCAAAUGGACUUCGCAGGACUUUAUGUUUGCUGGACUAUGUGUAUGUAAGCUAUGUAAUAAAUGGUACCACAAUGUAAUAUGAACUGCUUCACCAUACUGC